UGUUACUCACGCGUUAUUCUCUAACACCCUCCUCUCUCUCUCUCUAGGUUGUUAAUAACUCUCUCUCUCUAGCCAUCAGAAUUUCGAAUGGGUCUUUGUGUAUCCGUCGGCCGCAGCGACUGCGACUCAUCGCCGACGGCUAAAAUCGUGACGGUUAACGGCGAUCUCCGGGAAUACAAUGUCCCGGUGAUCGCCUCUCAGGUUCUCCAAGCCGAAUCAUCUUCUUCUUCUUCUUCGUCCUCUUUCUUUCUAUGUAACUCGGAUUCUCUCUACUACGACGACUUCAUCCCGGCGAUCGAACCGGAGGAGACUCUCCAGGCGGAUCAAAUCUACUUCGUCCUCCCCGUCUCCAAACGCCAGUACCGUCUCACGGCGUCGGACAUGGCGGCUCUCGCGGUGAAAGCCAGCGUGGCGAUCGAGAGAUCCGCGGGGAAGAAGAGUCGCCGGCGGAAUAGCGGGAGGAUAUCUCCGGUGAUGGUGCUGAGUCAGCCUAACGAACGGAACGUCGCUGUUAAUAACAGAAACGCGAACGAGUCGACGAUGAAGAUGCUGAAUAAAACGACGCCGUUUAAGGCUAGUACUAAUACUACGAGCGGUUAUUCCCGGUCUGGUUCGGUACGGAGAUUGAAAAGAUAUGCGUCUGUGCGGGCUAAGAAGCUUGCGGCUCGGUCGAUUAAAAGACUAUCGACCAUCUACGAAGGAACCGUGUUUUAGAUUGUUUUAUGAAAUAUACAUUUCAAUGUUUUAAUGCUUUUAAACGUUUCUGAAAAUGAUCUCUGUAUAUUUUAACAGUUUCCACUUUGCUUUUGUGAUAUAAUGUUUUCACA